UUUGAAUAUUGAACGAGAUGACUCGUCACUUCUUGCUGCACAUGCAGCGAAGAGGACAACAGUUUUUGUUCGCUCUCAAAUAAGUCCGUCUCCGUGUGGACAGUAGCUCGGUAAAUCUCAGUGUUGUAGAAAAUUAUCGGUUUUCGUACGUGAACCUAAUAAUCACUUGCCACUGUAGAAGUCGGUCGCUUAUUAUCGUGAAUUCACAGUCGUGCUUCUUUCUCUUCGUUUUAUCGUGCAAUUUGAUUGAUUCUUCGUGCGCGAUCUUUGCGCUGCCAUCGUUCUGUUUGCGUGUUAUAUAUUGAAUUUGUCUAAAAUCGUAGUUAUGACGGAACACGAACACAACUGCAAAUUCGAAUUUUACGCAGGACCACGUGAUUCCCGGCUGCAAGUACCCCCUGCGUCAUACCCAAAACUAUUUGGUUUUACCUCCAACGGUAUAAUUGUUCACCAUUUAUUUUUCCUGGCCUGUAUUGUGAUCGGCCUCUCGUCUUGAUCUAGUUGUAAGUACUUAUUCUCCUAUGAUCUCAUCUUUCUGCAGAUACUGAUUAUCCCAAAAACUACGAAAAAAAAAUGCCGAAAUCCUCUACUUCCCCCACCUCUUCCUCUUCCUCCCCGAAGAACGCGAAAGCCAACGCUGUAUCAAUUGCAAAUAUGUCUGGGUCUGGAAAUGAAGUGGAACUUGUAUUGCGUGUCCAGGAUUCCAGAAAAAUCUGUAUUGCAUAAAAGCACCAAGAGCGCCGCGUUUUCAUCGUGAGAAAGCGCAGUUUGUAAUGCGCAAUAAGCAUGAGAAAGUGUCUGAAAAAUUUGUCAUGCUCCACUGCUCUUACAGGCGCAGUCACUCAUGGCCAUUCAGCAUUACAGGUUUGCAGACCCAGACAUAUUUGCAAUGCAUACGCUUCCACCAAACCCCACGCAGUGAACGACGACGGCCGGAGACCGUUGCCGAAAAAUGGCGAGAAAAAGGAACCCGGGGUUGUGUACGAGGAUGGGUCCUACAUUCCCAUCGUGGACAAGGAGCUCAUCGGCUUCAUGCGGUACGCCGGGGAUGUUUACGACGACGGGGAUAAGGCCGCGGACACAGACCCGUCGGACUUGGAUUCUGCGGAUGAUGACCAAUUGAAUCGGGAUUCCGAUUCCCUCGUUUCCUUCGACGAGGACAAGGAGAAAGCGAAAUUGGACGAGGAGAAAGAACUCUUAUCCGAGAACGAGUUUGACAAAAGGACCAAGGAAAUCGAGGAUCGAAGAGAAAAGUUCGAGCAUAAGGAGAUCAAGCGCGUUCCGAUUCGGACCGUUUUGGAUGAGAAAUUUGGCUUCACGGAGGAUUUUCAGCGCCACGCCGCUGGGUAUCUGACAAGACACCCCGCGAGCAAGUUCUACAAGAAGAUCAAGGACGAGCCGAUCCGGGCGCAUAAACGGUUCGACCAAGCUAUCAUUUGUAACAACGUCCCCACCCCAGAGUUGUAAUGCAAAUCAUCUGCAUGCUGAAAGUGUUUCUCAUGCGGAGACCCAUGCGAAGCAGUCUGUAGUCGUCUUUUGGUAUUUGUGAUGCUAGAAUCAGCAUGAUAUAGAUAUGCUAGAUCUGUGAUGCUUCUGAACAAGCUAAACAGGAGUACACUACGAGGCCAUACUUGUCAUGCGCAGCAGCAAAAGCUGACAGAUUUGUCUAGCAGAUUUCCCACUUUGACUCUGGUGUGGGGACGUUUUUACUAAGGAUACAAGCGGAUCUGCGGAUUACGAAAAAUAAACACGGGCCCUGCAAAGGGCAAGAUUGGAGCUGGCAGGAGUUGAACACGUUUGUGAAGGGGGAAAUCAGAAGAAAAAAUCACAAGCCGAAACUGAAGCCGAAAAGGCUGGUUUCCUCCGACUGGUUGGAAGAGAUGAUGGUGGAUGAAGUUUUGCAAGAUGCAGCCGAUGUGACGAUAUGCAGUGCAAAAGCAUCGUACUCGUAUAAAUGCAUUACAAAUUUCCCCAGCGUGAGAAAUAAUAAUUUGUAAUGCGGAUUUACCUCAAGAAAAAGAUUUGUAAUGCAUGGCUGCAAUACGACUGCCUACGAUACUUUUGCACAGGAUAGACGAGAAAAGCGAAUGAAUCGGACGAUGAGAGAUCCAAAGACCAUAUCAUACCAAAAAGUGUUAACGUUAACGGAAUUUGGCAUGCAGGAAUGCACGAGAAAUGAUGCCCCAAGUUGUAUUGCAUAGCAUGCAUGAUAGCGAAAAUUUGUCAUGCAUGCCUGCAACGCCCCAAAACCGCUAUACGUAUAGCACUUUUUUCGUUGAUAGACCAGCACGCGGCCUUGUGGGCGGAGAAAAAUCCGAAGAAGAAGAUGCACAUGAAAAUGCCGCUGGAGGACUCGUAUUUGAAGAACAAGGAGGACACGAAGGAGGAAGCAUUACGCGUGAAACUGGAAGAAAGAGCGGAAUAUCCAGUGCAAAAAUGUCUGGGUCCCCUGUGCGGGAUUUGUCAUGCUAGUCGGGCAUGACACUGAGCUCUGUAUUGCGUGGCCAGCAAGAGGAGCUCCUCUUAUCUGUCAUGCAAAAACGCUGUUUGUCAUGCGGAUUACGCAAGAACACGGACACGGAGCCAAGAUGAAUAAAUCUGUCAUGCCUGGCGCUGCAUUACAGUGUGCUUUCUUUUCACUGACAUGCAUCACAAGUAUCCAGACUCAGACGUAUUUGCAAUGGAUACGGAAUUCGCCCGGAUGCUAAAGGAGGGGUACACGCAGGACAUCACCAAUGAGGAGAAAUAUCCUGUGCAAAAGUAUCGUAGUCGUACUAAUCGCAUUCAUGCAUUACAAAUGUCUUUCUCAAGGCAGAUCCGCAUUACAAAUUUUAUUUCUCGUGCUGAGGGAAUUUGUCAUGCAUUUAUACGAGUACGAUACUUUUGCACAGGAUAAGAAACAGGCGCUGAUGAUAUCCAAAGUGAAAACGUCCCCACGUCGACCCCAGCAGAGUCAAGAUGGGGACUUUGCAACACAAACCUAGAAGUUUUGGAAUUUACGCAUGACAAGUUGCAGUCCGUAAGGUAGGGCAAGUUAGCAAGGACAGCAGCUGCAUUACAAAUCCAUCUGCUUAUCCUGUUUACAGCAACACAAAGUUAGUUGUCCCAAACACGAUAAUUGAAAAUGCCUGUCAUGCGGAUGCGGAUCACAAAAGAUUCCUGUCACUGCAAAGCUGCAUGACAACGCUGGGUUUUGGGGACGUUCCUACACGGGAUACAUGACGAAAGCGAGGUUCGCGAUCCAGGAUAAAUACGCGGAGAGGGGUUACGAAGAAAUCAAAGCGGAAGAGGAUAAGAAAGCGAAGGCGCGGGCGGAACAUGUGGAAACGAAAGUUUACAGUCGGAUGGAAUUGAGAGCGAAGGAAAAGGCGAAAAAAUCCGCGCUGUUUGGGUGA